AUGUCUCUAUCUCUUGAAACCCAGUUUGCUCUUGAGAAACUUGCUGGCGACGGCCAGAAUCCGGGCACGCUGCUCAGCGACUUGAAGGCGUUCUACCUGACGCUGCCGAAGGGGCCGCGCGAAAAAAUGGCCGUCUCACGUACUGUAGUGGCCAUGAAGUCCUUGACGUUCGCGGCGGAUGACACUCAGGCCGAUCUCGGCUACGUCUGUAUGAUGCACGAGGCGGCCUUCUGCUUCAAAAGGCGCACUCCCGACCUUGAAGAUCUGCGCAUGGUGUUCAACAAAUUCUGCGACGCCGUUGCGGAGCGCAAGCAGGACGAGGACGCCGAUCACUGGGACGUCAUACGUAUUGCCACGGAGGUGUGGGAGGAGUAUGGGACGCGGCUCGACGCCAAGGUCGAGGUCCCGGUUUCCGGUCCCGACCAGUGGUGGGACAUGCUCGACAAGAAGGUCUUCGCGAAACCUUCGAAGGCAUCCGCACCACCUGGGGUGGGACCUUACGGAACGUCCCAUAUCUGUUCACAUGGCCGUUCCGAACGGGGGCCUCGCCGUUCCGAACGUGGACCUUUUCCGAACGGGCCUCAGGGCAAGGCACCCUUCCGCCGGCAAUUAUCGCCGAAGGCGAUCGACACCGAAACACACGUGCACGCAGCCAUGGUCGCAGAAGAAAACAUCAUUUUAUUUCACAAUCUAGAGUACUAA